AUGAGAGAAGUUAUUAGUAUCAACGUUGGGCAAGCAGGUUGUCAAAUAGGUAAUGCCUGUUGGGAAUUGUACUCCCAGGAACACGGAAUCAGACCCGAUGGAUAUUUACAAGAAGGAUUAGAUAGACCAAAGGGAGGCGAAGAAGGAUUUUCGACAUUUUUCAGUGAAACUGGAUCAGGUAAAUAUGUUCCUCGUGCAUUAUAUGUCGAUUUAGAACCAAAUGUAAUUGAUGAAGUUAGAACCGGUGUUUACAAGGAUUUAUUCCAUCCCGAACAGUUGAUUGCUGGAAAGGAAGAUGCAGCUAAUAAUUAUGCUCGUGGUCAUUAUACUGUUGGAAGAGAGAUUUUGGACGAUGUUUUGGAUAGAAUCAGAAGAAUGAGUGAUCAAUGUGAUGGGUUACAAGGUUUCCUUUUCACUCAUUCGUUGGGUGGUGGUACCGGAUCUGGUUUGGGUUCUUUGUUAUUGGAACAAUUGUCAUUAGAUUAUGGUAAAAAAUCUAAAUUAGAAUUUGCAGUUUACCCAGCUCCACAGGUUUCUACUUCGGUUGUUGAACCUUAUAAUACUGUGUUGACGACCCAUACUACUUUGGAACAUGCUGAUUGUACAUUUAUGGUUGAUAAUGAAGCCAUUUAUGAAAUGUGUAGGAAAAACUUGGACAUUUCAAGACCAAAUUUCAGCUCAUUAAACAAUUUAAUUGCUCAAGUUGUUUCAUCAGUUACUGCUUCAUUGAGAUUCGAUGGAUCAUUGAAUGUUGAUUUAAAUGAAUUUCAAACUAACUUGGUUCCAUAUCCAAGAAUUCAUUUUCCAUUGGUUAGUUACGCUCCUGUUUUCUCCAAAACUAGAGCUAAUCAUGAAGCAAAUUCAGUUUCGGAAAUUACUCAAUCUUGUUUUGAACCUGGUAAUCAAAUGGUUAAAUGUGAUCCAAGAAUGGGUAAAUAUAUGGCAACUUGUUUAUUGUACAGAGGUGAUGUUGUCACUCGUGAUGUUCAAAAUGCUGUUGCUCAAGUUAAACUGAAAAAGACUGUUCAAUUGGUUGAUUGGUGUCCGACCGGAUUCAAGAUUGGUAUUUGUUAUCAACCACCAACUGCCAUCAAGGGAUCUGAAUUGGCAGGUGCAUCAAGAGCUGUUUGUAUGUUAUCCAAUACCACUGCUAUUGCUGAAGCUUGGAGAAGAAUUGAUAAAAAGUUUGAUUUGAUGUAUUCAAAGAGAGCUUUUGUUCAUUGGUAUGUUGGUGAAGGUAUGGAAGAAGGAGAAUUUACUGAAGCUAGAGAAGACUUGGCUGCUUUGGAAAGAGAUUAUGUUGAAGUUGGAACUGAUUCUUUCCCAGAAGAAGAAGAAGAGUAUUAG